CUUUGCAGCACUUUCUCUAUUGCUUCCAAUCUGAUCUAAGGCCUCUGGCACACAAGAAACAUGAACUUGAGCAUGGUCCUCGCUACAUUUGGAAUGUUGAUCCUUCAUAUAUCAGCGGGAGUUUCACAGAAUCUGGCUGCUACUGGUUCAAGAAAGGCAUUUUCUUUCCUCCUUACUAUCCAGCCUACACUUUGGCGCCAUUCUCAACAUACUUGCCUGCUGUCUACCUUUAACCCUAACUAUGAAAUUAUGACCUCGCUGGAAAGCUCAAAUGCCAUGUUUCCUGUAAUUGUUGACUGUUGCACUGAAGUAGCCCAUAACAUUCCCAGAAGACGGCUGAGAACAGUGGAAAAGUUUAAAAUCCAGAAGGGUGAAGUAUGCAAAAUACCAGCUGUGAUUCUUUACACAAAGCACAAAAAGCUAUGUGUCAGUCUACAGAAUAAACAUGUUAAGAGAUGGAUAAAACAGAAAGACAAUGGUCACCGAAGAACCAGUCGUCAUUUUAGAAAGAGGAAGAAAGCCCAAAGAGGAAGAAAAAUUGGGAGGAAACAGUAGCACACCGAUUGCUGAAGCAGCCACAGAGAUGCUAUAAGCUGUAUCUUUUAAUAAAUUUAGCAAAGAUAUUGUAAUGAGUUGCCAUAUGUACCUAUUCAGAAACAAUUCACUGUAGUUCCUGUUUCGUAAAACUGAACUGCCUUUUCUUCUAAAUUUACUUCAGCAUCUGGAACAUGCACGCUUCCAACAACACCCAACCAUUUGGGUUUCUGUCCUCAUUCUGUUCUGAAGCAGGUAUGAACGGGCAAAACAAACUCUGAAGCAGAGAUGCUGGAUAUUGAGUGACACACAGAUCUAGGGAGGUUACUGACUUUUUUUGGGCUGCAGAUAGUUCUAGAUAUGUAGUCUCUCCAGCCACCUAUCUCUCUCGAUUGAAGAUACCCAAUCAUAGGAGGGCAUUUUCACUUGCAAGAAACCACACACACCCUGCAGUUUU